UUCUAUUUUCCAGUGGCUCAAAAUCACUAGGAACAUUUUCAGAUCCUGGCAUUAUUACAAUUGUAACAGAAUGCAUGCACAUGUAACUUGAUAGUUGAUAUUUGAGUAAAGCUUAAACUAUGAGCAUAAUAAUGAGCAUAAUUGGAUUCAUUUCAAAGGAUAAUAGGAUGGAAUUUGGGGCAAGGCCCAAAAGCAAGAGUUUGCUAAAAGCAUAAUAGGCAAAAAUUGUGCUCUGCUUAGCAUAAGGCGUGGCUAGAACUAUUGUAACCAUAGGUUAGUCAGACUCUAAAAAUUGAGUCUGGCCCCAUGAGACUAAUCAUAGGCAUAGUAACACAACUAGAAUUGGAUUGAUUCAAACAUAUCGUACUUCCUAGUUCCUAGGGCUAGUACAAACAAUAUGUAUAGAUCAUACUGGGAGUCAGGGAAGAGAGGACCAUGCACUAUCAGUCAAGAAGAACAAUAGCAACACAACUGGAGUGGAAAAACUAGGGAAGAAUAAGAAGGUUAGUCAUACCAUCAAAUUAAUUACAAAUAUUUAAUAACUAAUCAUUUGGGUGAGUCUAUUAACUGGUAGAGAGCCUGAUCCUGUAUUAAAAGGUAUGUAUGCCCUCAGUAAUGAUGGGACUAGAUAUGCAUAUUAUGUAUAAUGUACCUGAAUUGUCCUGCAAUCAAAAAAUUGGGCAGUUCAAUGCUUCAGCACAUACCUAUAACUAUUAUUAACUAUUAUUAACUAUUAUUGUUGGUAACUAUUAUUGUUCUCAUUAUCCUCAAUACUUUUCUUUUGGAGAAGAUUCAGUGUGGGCAGUGUGACCAGUAUCAUGCAUCCAUGAUUUGCAUUGAGUGUGUAGAGAAUUAUUGUAACAUGUGUUUUGUCAAGUUUCAUCACAAAGGAUCUCUUUCUAAGCAUCAUGCGAGGCCACUGGCAAAAGCAACAGUGAAGCAGUUUGCUGGUAAAGUACAUCAAGGAGAAAAUGAUGUUUCUCAAUUGUCUGUUGGGACUGGUGAAGAAGAGAAAGGUCAUUCCUUAUUGGAGGGUAACUGUGAUGAACUAGCAAGUGCAACAAUGUUCCAAGAGGCAUUAAGAUCAUGGAGAAACUCUGGUAAAAAGCAAGAAGCAUCAUCAGUUGCUGUGGAGUCUGUCUCAUGUGGUGUUCAAGCUGCUUCUAGUGAUGAUGCUGAGAGGAAAUUAUUAAGUUCUUUAGAGUCCAUGAGCACUAAUAAUCCUAGCAGCAAUGCUUCCUCUUACUUUGAGACACUUCUACAAACUCAUUCUUUGGUUCAAUUGGUCCACUUGUGUCUCACUUUGAUACUAGUUGUAUUUAAUAUAAACCCUCUCACAUUAUUUGGACUAGGACCAUUAGGAGUUGAAAAUAAACAGCAUUAUUUUAACAUUGAUUAAACUAUAAUCAUACCAUGUAA